CAAUAAAAGUUUUGGAUAGAUUUUAGGCGACGGGAACGGGGAAGGGAGUUGCGUAGAUUCUAGACAACGGAUUGAGGCGAUAAGAUGUCGGGACCAACCCAGCGCCUCCUGCGUCCUCUCCGCUGUCCAUGGCUCGAGCUCUCAUCCCCUCCUCGCUCAUACAUGCCGCUGCCGCCAGAUCCGCCGGAGCUCGCGGCCUUCCUCGGCGGAUCCCCUCCUGCAAGGCACCUGAGCUCGUCUCUUCCUUCAAGCGUAGCUCUACCCAUUUUUUUUUGACUACAUCUAGGAAAAGGAAAAAUAUAUGCCAAGCAAUGUCAGUUUCCAUAAGGUGCGAGCAGGGUGCAAAGCAGAACAACAGAUUGGACGUAUGGCUUGGUCGCCUUGCGAUGGUUGGGUUUGCAACAGCAAUAACUGUUGAAAUAGUGACCGGGAAAGGACUUCUAGAGAAUUUUGGGAUCACCACACCACUACCAAUGCUAGCAUUGGUUGUUACAGCACUAGUGGGUGUUCUGACAGCUUUCUUUAUCUUUCAGUCUGCCUCUCGAGAUUGAUUGCUCUUGGAGUGUAUGUAUGUUUUUCAGUUUAAAGGUCCUCCGUUUCAUGAUUGUUUUCAUGCCUAUGUACUAUCUGCUUGAUGACAGUUUUGUUUUGUAAGGAGGAUGGUUUAUGCAACUUGUGGAUCCUUUUUUAGAUGCUUUUUGUUUUGGAAAUGGCUGAGAUUGUCUGGCAACCUGCCAUUGCAUACCAUUACUUGCAAUACAUAUGCCAAAAUUGUUAAAUUUCC